AUGAACCUCGCUGCCAUAAAAGCCGACGCCGAAAACAGCUACAAAGAAAAGUACCUACGACUCCGCAAGCAAAUCGAGUCAGACACCGUUCACAACGAUCUUCGCGCUGAGAUCGCCUCUCUCUUAGCCAACAAGACUGAAUACGAGAGCAAGCUCCGCAACACUGAAAAGGCGAAAACGAGCGCAGAUAUGCAAGUUGUUGCCCUAGACCUUGUGAUUAAGGAUACGAAUGUGUACUACAAGUCUAAGCUGGAGGGUGCAGAAGCGCAGAACAAGGCGCUUGAGGGGGAGAAUAAGAGGCUGAGGAAAAAUGAGCAGGACAUGAGAUACUUGCUUCUCUCCCAUGGGAUCCGUGUACCAGCGCAGGAUGCCACGAAUGAAGACCGUCAAACUACGGAAUCGGAGUCUGCGCCCGAGCUAACGGACGAUAGCGAUAUGGACGAAGCGGGUGAGCUUGCUCUUGAUACGCUGGCUAUGGGUUCAGGGGAAGUUUGCCCGCAGUGGUAUAAUCAUGGGACGUGUAGUCGGAGUGGUGGUGAUGCACGCGGUGCGUGUGAGCUUGGUGUGCAUCCACACCUUAUUGGAUUUGGUACACGCGUGAAAGAGUAG